CUUUUAGCCCUGUGGGCUGUUGGACAGCUGCUGGACUGCCUUUGACGGACAUCAGAUUGUAGGCUAACUGCUACAGCGCCCCGUUGUUCUCGCUGAGGAUGUUGGCUACAAAAGGAGGCAGGCAGUGGCGCACAAGUCCCGCCUGUAUUUCCCUCUGGAGGAGUCUCAGUAUCGGCGCCCCCGACUGGGGAUUGGAGCGGCGACUUGUCAGUAAAUUAGCCCACCCUUCACAUAGUGUUUGUGAGGGAAACCGAGCCAGACAGUGACGGUCUGAUCCCUCGCUUAUCAGCUGCCUGUCACACCAGCACGCUACGAUACCGACCCGCAGCCAUCCGCCGCGCUGUGACACCUGGCCGGUAUGGAGGGAGAGAUGCAGCCCGCAGAUGAAGGGCCGUGCGCCCCGAAGAUGUGCCGACAGCAGCGGGGUCCGUACAGCACCCUAAAAACCUUCCAGAGCAAGCGCUCUGCGGGCAAGUCGCGCUUUGACCGGUCCGCUGUGGUCGAGAUGCCCCUGUUUGGAGACGGGCAUCAUUUCACUUUUCACCCAGAACAGACUCAUCCUUUCCAGCCGCACCAUCAUCAGCAACAGCGUCUGCAGCAGCAGCAGCUCCACCAAACCGGCGUUUCUAUCAGCAGCAGCCAGCAGCAUCACCAGACGACUCAGCAGCAGCAGCAACGUUUCCCAUGUGAGACCAGGCCCAGCAGCAGGGUUCCGACAUCCACCUCAGCGGCAGCAUCUCUCGGUAGCCAGCAGCGGCACGCCAGCAGCGGCGGAGCAGAGCCCAGAUUUUCUCCGGACUGCACCUACGGUAUCAGCACAGAGAACCGUCUCAUCUUAGAUGCCUUCGCCCAGCAGUGCAGCCGAGUCCUCAGCCUCCUCAACAACGGGCGUCUCCUGGAGCCCUCCUCCUCCUCCUCCUCCUCCUUCACCUCUAACAUUAAGCUGGAAGACGGGCCAGGGGACACUCAGGGGCUUCAUUGCUCCUCACAGGGGAAGUCUAAAUCCGAGGAGAGCUCUUCCACCACAGACCCUGAGGAGGAGGCUCAACAAAGCCAUUUGAACCAACAACAGACCUCUGCAGUUCUCCGCAUCUUCACAGACUCCCUACAGAACUAUCUGCUCUCAGGACCUCAACAACAGCACCAACAGCAGCAGCAGCAACAUCUGUCUGGUAGUCUGGAGGACGAGCAGUGCCCGGCAGCUGAGUCUGGUUCAGGAGUGUCUCCUCCAAGACACAACCUGGGAGGAUGGGGCUCCCCUACUCCAUCAGAAUCAUACGGCCACCCCUCGUCCACACUGCCUGAGGAAGAGGAGGAGGAAGAGAACUGCUGUCCUCGCUGCCUGGAAUUGGAGCAGGAGGUGUUGUCUCUGCAGCAGGAGAACGAGGAGCUCCGCAACAAGUUGGAGAACAUCCCAGUUCCCUGUCAAAAUGUUCUUGACUACUUCAAGACUGUUCUCGAGUUCCACAACCAGCUGGCCCAGCCGAUGCCAGAGGAGCAGCUCACAGAGGAAGAAGAGCGGCAAACAGUCUUUGAGGGCAGUAAACAGCUCCUGGAGAACUAUCCGCUCUUCAUCACGAAUAAGCAGUGGGACGAAGCUGUCAACUCCUCUAAGAAAGAUGGCAGACGGCUGCUGCGCUAUCUGAUUCGCUAUGUCUUCACCACAGAUGAGCUCAAGUUCUCCUGUGGUUUAGGCAAAAGGAAGCGGUCAGUCCACUCAGGAGAGGCAGGCCUGGAAAGACGACCGCUCAACCCUGUUAAAGUCAGCUGCCUCAGAGAGUUUAUCCGGAUGCACUGUGCCUCAAACCCAGACUGGUGGAUGCCCUCUGAGGAGCAGAUCAACAAAGUGUUCAGCGAUGCCGUCGGUCACGCUCGUCAGGGCCGAGCAGUCGGCACCUUUUUGGGCAGCAGCGGCAGCAGCACCAGCAGCCUGUACAUGGACGGCUUUGACGGACAUCUUUCACAGGAUGAACUGUAUUUAAAAAGCUGCCAGAAUGGUCAGUCGGAUUGAAGUUGAAGGAGAAAUUAAAGACAAAUGCCUGAGAUGUAGCUGUACAACAACAUAUCCCAAAACUCUGACCUUAUCCUGUCACUUUACACAGUGAAGAAAACAUUCCAGAAGACGUUUAACAUAUAGAAUACAGUCCUCCUUUUCAAAUAGUUUUAUAGUUUUCCCCAUUUUUAUACCUAAACCCUUUGUUUAGUGAAAAUUGGACUCUUGAUGUUUUUAAAUUGAACAGUUUGAGUCUUCCAUAUGCUCCUUUUUUAUAGUUUGAGCAGUUACAUCACUGCCAGUGGAAAGAAGUCACUUCAAGGAGGCUGAUUUUUUUUUUCUUUUCUUUGUUUUUAGUUGUUUUUUUUACAAUCUACAUGCACAUUUAGAGUUCAUAUGGAAGUUAUUUAUGUUAAUGACCCAGUUAGAGACUUAUAUUAUGUACCUUUGACACCACUUAUAAACUUUACCAUGGAAAGUAGCACUUAAUAUAUAUUUUUUUGUCACUGGUGAAGCACCUUUACUUGCAGCCCUUCAACAGGAGUGCCUCUGAGAAAAUCAUGUUUUGUUAUUUGUAGUUUUGCACUUUGAAUCUCUUUAUUUUUCCCUCAUUUAAACUGAUCCUGAUGCAUCAAGUUUUACUUAAUGGAAGGAAAAGUGCAUUUAAAAAGAAAAAAGUUUGUGAAAUGUCUUUGAAUCCAGCCUCCUUUGGCUGGAAAAUGUUUCAAUCAAUGCUGCGUUGCUCCUAAUCUUCAUGUAAGGAAGAAUAUCGCAAAUUAAUCAAAAGCGCUAUAUUGGAAAUUGCUAAAAUUUAAAAAGUCAGUUUGGUUUUGACCCAACUUCCAUUUUUGGCUUGUAAGAAUUCCUCGCGUCUGCAAGCGAUACAUGACAUUUCUUGUUUGAAUUACUGUGUGUAGCAGCGAUAUAAUACUGAUGUUUUUUCCACAUAAUAAACUUGUAAUAAAACAUAAAUUGCAGAUUUAAGGAAAAAAUGGAAGCCUGGGAAAUGCUAAUCAGACUGUUUCUUUUUAUUUGAAUGUUUGAAUUUUUUACAUGAAUGUUUUUUUCCUUUGCAUUCUGAAAAUUUGGAAUUCAGUUAAAAGAGAAUUUACGGUAUUUCGCGAGCAUUCCCUUAUUACAGUGUUGCCGUACUCAAAGAAAGCAUUUCAUGUCGGGAUUGAUCAAGACAUUUGGUUUAAGGCAGCUGCCAUAUAAUAAUGCCUUAAACUCGUUUGGAGACCACCACAGUGUAAAGUGUUAAAGAUGUGUGUCAGAAAUCCUGUAAUGUGUUUCAUUUGUGUGUCGGUCUAAAGUUUCUUUAAAUGUCAAUCCAAGUGGAAAAAAUUUGAUCACUUCAUCGUUUUCCUGCAACUUUUCCAAUUUGCACCUUUAAGUGUCUUACUGUAGGCAAGGCAAUCCUAAAGUGAGAAGUCCACGUGCAGGAUUCAACCAUUUUUAUUCUUUUGUGCUUAUUUGACGCUCGUUGACUUCACCUCACGACACUGUUUUCUGCGUUUGAAUGUACCAGAUUUCUUAGGUCGGUCCGCCAAGUUGACAGUGCUGUGUAAAUGUGUAAUAUAAAGUACAGUUAUUGUGUGAGGUGUCUUUGAAAUACCACGUCUCCCUCUUUAAAAAGCCAAGUAGAAAAGUGCCACAGAAACCUUAAACCAGUCGGAUUCUGUUGUUGUGUUGCUGUUCUGAAUGUGAGCGUUGGUUUGUAUUUACUCCUUUACCCUCAAAGUGGCUGUUAUCAACACUGUGAAACAUCA